UUAAAGAAUUUUACAAUAGUUGCAAAGCUGCUUUUUCUGCUGAACGCAGCCAAAGUUGGCAACUCUAUCCUAACCUAAUCCGUUCUGUCAGAUCGGUGUAAAUAAAGACGUAUCAAAUAUUUAGUACCAAUUUGAUACGUAUUAACGGUACCGAUUUAACGGUAUAAAAAGGUUCAUGGAACGACGACGAUUAUGCGGGGUUAUUCGCGAUGAAUAAUGAUGCGGAAGGUACGAUUAAGGUGAAUUAGGAUUGUGAGAAGCAUGGGAUCACAAAUCUCUUUUCCCGCGAUGAACAACUGCCUCAGAAAUGUGCUGAGGAGGCUGCGAAGAAAUCGCGCCUCGGAAAAGACCAUUGUUCUGCUUAUUAUAGGAUUGGAUAAUGCUGGAAAGUCUACGAUACUAAAUCACAUUAGUGGCGAUCCAGAUCAAAAUGUAUUACCCACAAUGGGAUUUCGAAUGGUAUCCUUAAAGCAUAAAUCAUAUUUUGUAAAGAUAUAUGAUCUUGGAGGUAGCUCACAAAUUAGAGCAUUAUGGCCUAAAUAUUACAAUGAUAUACAUGGUCUUAUAUACGUGGUGGACGCUAGUGAUAUUUCCCGUCUUGCAGAGAAUAAAGUCGUAUUUAAUGAAUUAAUCACACACGAGCAUAUUUCGACGAAACCAAUAUUGUUACUCGCCAACAAACAAGACCUGAAUGGAGCUAUUGAUGAGUUGGAUGUAGUUGAAAACCUUGAUGUAGAGCAUGCGGCCAAUGCUAUGAGAUGUCCAACAAGAGUGGAAACAUGUUCGUGCAUUUAUAACAAAGAGCAAUCCAAAAAUAGCACUAUGGGUAUAAAGGAUGGAUAUAAAUGGUUGUUGGAUAUCAUAGUGAAGAAUUACGCUGUUUUGAACAGUAGGGUCAAACAGUCGCAAAACUGUCAACAUAAAAGCAUUCAACGGGCACAAUCUAUCGCAUCAAAUACACCAUCGAAAAUGUCUGUACACUCUAAUCCAUUUAAACCCAUUAAAGAUCUCUUGGCAGCAAAGGAUGAAGUUUUAAUAAGUGAAUCAUGCAAUGGUAUCAAUAAAGGAAGAAGCAUUAUAAAAGUUUUCGCACGAAGAAAUAAGACUGCCCCUCUUCCAAUUGAACAAUCAAUUACUGAAUACGAAACUGUUUCACAAAAUCUUACAUCUAAUGUAGAAAUUCUUGCUGGAGAAAAAAGUACACAAACUAUAAGUAUGACUACAAUAUUAGAUCCGUUGAAUUUAAGUAUCAAUCAUAAUGAGAGUUAUGCAAGUACAAAACUAAUCCGUCCGUAUACAGCGCCAGAAAGAUCACAACGAUUAUCGAAUGAUACAACGAUAAUUAACAUUCCUGGUCAGGUGCUUCAAUAGUAGCAUCUGUAAAUUUUAUACUUACUAAUAGCGUUUUCCAUUGGGGUACUGCAGCCUUGCACCAUAUCAAUUGCGUGUAAGUGCUACACUGCACUAGAGUACACCAUGGUGUACACUACUUCAUUAUAUUGCGCUAAAAUCCUGCUCCCGAUUGAUUGCUUCCAUUUUCAAAUUUUAAAUGUCACUGACUCUACACCAUCCCUUUGAGACGGUGUAACAAAAUCCCAUUUCGUGCAUAAAAUUUGCACUACACCGUAACCACGGAAAUAUGGUACAUCGAAUGAGUUCGCUUAUCACCAGUCAUGGAAACAUGGUACACUAUCUGCACCAUCUGAAUGUUGCACUGGUGGGCGAUAGUGCGGCCAAGAGAAAACGCUAUAAGUUAAAAAAGUUUAUACAUACAUAUAUAUAUAUAUAUAUAUGAAUGAAAAACUGUAAAUGACUGUAAAAAUAUGAGUUAUAUUAAGAGGAAAACCAUUAUAGUUUUUAGAUAAGUAAAUAAUAUUUUAAACAUUGCUAGUUUUAAACUAAGCAUUGCCUACUCUUGCAUAC